AUGUCGGGGCUAGAGGAGUUGAAGAAGAAGCUGCAGCCCUUGCUGUUCGACGACACGGACAAGGGCGGCGUCAGUACCCGGGUUCCCUUCCCGGAGGAUACAUGCGAUUCCUAUGUGGUGUCUGAUGGUGGAACGAUAAAUUUACUGAGUAGAUCGUUUGGUGAGUAUAACAUCAAUGAGCAUGGCUUUCAUAAGCGAAGCACCGGACCAGAAGAGCCAGAUAGCGGUGAGAAGGCAUACCGAUGUGCCUCUGAAGACAUGCACAUAUUUGGUCCCAUUGGGAAUGGAGCAAGCAGUGUCGUGCAGAGAGCUAUUUUCAUACCAGUUCAUCGAAUUCUGGCCUUGAAGAAGAUAAACAUAUUUGAGAAGGAGAAAAGGCAACAAAUUCUUAAUGAGAUGAGAACAUUAUGUGAAGCAAGUUGCUAUCCUGGUUUAGUUGAAUUCCAGGGUGCAUUUUACAUGCCUGAUUCUGGACAAAUAAGCAUUGCCCUUGAAUACAUGGAUGGUGGCUCUUUAGCAGACGUUAUAAAAGUCAAGAAAUCAAUACCAGAGCCAGUUCUUGCACAUAUGCUACAGAAAGUGUUACUUGGCCUGAAGUACUUGCAUGAAGUAAGACAUCUAGUGCAUAGAGAUCUAAAGCCAGCAAAUUUACUGGUAAACCUUAAGGGCGAAGCAAAAAUUACAGAUUUUGGUGUAAGUGCUGGUUUGGACAAUACAAUGGCUAUGUGUGCUACCUUUGUAGGCACUGUGACAUAUAUGUCACCUGAGAGAAUCCGCAAUGAGAACUACUCCUAUGCUGCUGAUAUUUGGAGUCUUGGACUAACGAUAUUGGAGUGUGCUACUGGUAAAUUUCCAUAUAAUGUCAACGAAGGCCCAGCCAAUCUCAUGCUACAGAUACUCGAUGAUCCAUCACCAACACCACCAGAAGAUGCCUAUACACCAGAAUUUUGUUCCUUCAUAAAUGAUUGCUUGAGGAAAGAUGCUGAUGCAAGGCCUACAUGCGAGCAGCUUUUGUCACACGCAUUUAUCAAGAGGUAUGAGCAAACUGGUGUGGACUUGGCAGCAUAUGUCAGGGGUGUUGUUAAUCCAACAGAGAGAUUAAAGCAAAUAGCAGAGAUGCUUGCUGUUCAUUAUUACCUCCUUUUUAAUGGCUCUGAAGGACCUUGGAAUUAUAUGAAGACAUUCUACAAGGAGGAAUCAUCUUUCAGUUUUUCAGGGAAUGUGUAUGUCGGACAAAGUGCCAUAUUUGAUACUUUAUCAAAUAUAAGAAAGAAGUUGAAAGGUGACCGGCCUAGAGAAAAAAUUGUUCAUGUUGUUGAGAAGCUACAUUGCCGCGCGAAUGGGGAAACAGAAAUUGCUAUCCGUGUGUCUGGAUCAUUCAUCACGGGCAACCAAUUCCUGAUAUUUGGUGAAGGGUUGCAAGCUGAAGGGAUGCCCAGCUUGGAGGAAAUUGAUAUUGACAUUCCAAGCAAGCGGGUUGGCCAGUUCCGGGAGCAGUUUACCGUGCAUCCAGGGACUUCCAUGGGAUGCUACUACAUAGCAAAGCAAGAUCUCUACAUCGUCCAGUCAUGA